AUGAGUGGCCUCUUGGGCGCCAGGCCCGGCCCGGGCCGCGGAGAGGCCUCUGACUUGAAGUCUCCCCUGGGCGCCAAACUCAGGGAGCCUCUCACCGAGGCCCGGUUCCAGCAGCUCUUCGGGGGCGCAGCGCCGGAGCCCCCGGCCGUCGCGGAGCCAGGCGGGUCCCCGCUGUGCCGGCUGUGGCGGCGGCGGCCCCGCGCCUGCUCCCGCCCGGGGGCGUGGCGCCUGCUGCUGGCGCGGCUGCCCCCGCUGCGCUGGCUGCCCCUCUACCGCUGGCGAGCCUGGCUGCUCGGCGACGCGGUGGCCGGAGUGACCGUGGGCAUCGUGCACGUGCCCCAGGGCAUGGCUUUCGCCCUCCUGACCUCGGUGCCCCCCGUGUUCGGACUGUACACCUCGUUCUUCCCCGUUCUCUUGUACACCCUCUUGGGUACCGGGAGGCACGUGUCCACCGGCACCUUCGCGGUACUCAGUCUCAUGACGGGCUCGGCCGUGGAGCGACUGGUACCCGAACCCGCUGGGGGCAACCUGAGCGGAAUCGAGAGGGAACAGCUGGACGCACAGCGCGUCGGGGUGGCUGCGGCCCUGGCCUUCGGGAGCGGGGCGCUGAUGCUCGGCAUGUUCGCCCUGCAGCUCGGCGUCCUGGCCACCUUCUUGUCUGAGCCUGUGGUCAAAGCGCUGACCAGCGGGGCCGCGCUGCACGUGCUCGUGUCCCAACUGCCCAGCCUUCUGGGGCUGCCCCUCCCGCGCCAGAUCGGCUGCUUCGCCCUCUUCAAGACGCUGGCCGCCGUGCUGACAGCGCUGCCCCAGAGCAGCCCCGCGGAACUGACCAUCUCGGUACUCAGCCUGGCGCUGCUCGUGCCCGUCAAGGAACUGAACGUGCGAUUCCGAGACCGACUGCCCACCCCGAUUCCCGGGGAAAUCGUCAUGGUGCUCCUGGCUACGGUGCUCUGCUUCACCUCUUCCCUAGACACAAGAUAUAAUGUCCAGAUUGUGGGAGUGCUUCCUGGGGGAUUUCCUCAACCCCUCCUGCCCAACCUGGCUGAGCUUCCCAGGAUUUUGGCUGACUCGCUGCCUCUGGCACUGGUCACUUUUGCUGUGUCCGCCUCCCUGGCCUCCAUCUAUGCAGACAAGUAUAGCUACACUAUCGACUCUAACCAGGAGCUCUUGGCACAUGGUGUGUCCAACCUCGUCUCCUCCCUUUUCUCUUGCUUUCCCAACUCAGCCACGUUGGCUACGACCAGUCUCCUGGUGGACGCGGGGGGGAACACACAGCUGGCGGGGCUUUUCUCCUGCAUUGUGGUUCUUUUGGUUCUGCUGUGGCUGGGGCCCUUCUUCUACUACUUGCCUAAGGCUGUCCUGGCCUGCAUCAACAUCUCCAGCAUGCGCCAGAUGUUCUUCCAGAUGCAGGAGCUUCCACAGCUGUGGCGCAUCAGCCGCGUGGACUUCGUUGUGUGGAUGGUUACGUGGGUGGCCGUUGUGACUCUGAGUGUGGACCUGGGCCUGGCUGUGGGCGUUGUCUUCUCCAUGAUGACUGUGGUCUGCCGCACCCAGAGGGUGCGAUGCCAGGCACUUGGAUGGGUCGAGGGGACAGAGCUGUACAGGCCCCUGGGAGAGAGCCACAAGCUCCUGCAGGUCCCCGGGCUCUGCGUCCUCAGCUACCCAGCGCCCCUCUACUUCGGGACCCGCGGGCAGUUCCGUCGCCUCCUCGAGUGGCAUCUAGGGCUGGGAGAUGGAGGCCAGAGGACAGACGGCCCAGCAGAGACAGUUGCUGAGCCGGUCAGAGCAGUGGUCCUAGACUGCAGCGGGGUCACCUUUGCAGAUGCGGCUGGGGCCCGAGAAGUUGUGCAGCUGGCCAGCCGAUGCCAAGAUGCGGGGAUCCACCUUCUCCUGGCUCAGUGUAAUGCCUCCGUGCUGGGGACGCUGACCCAGGCCGGACUUGGGGACAGAGUGACCCCAGAACAGCUGUUCGUGAGUGUGCAGGAUGCAGCUGCUCACGCCCUGGAGAUACUGGAGCUCGCAGGCCCAAAGACAUGCACAGUGUGGCUGUGACCCUUGGAGUGGACAGGGUCCCCAGCCCCCUGACAUCAUGUAACUAAUAAAAUUAAGCUGAGA